CCAUGUCCGUCCUUUGUCUCCUUACGUCUGCGUUUUUCAGCACUUCACUCGCGGGUUCCCUGUUCUCCAGUGUAACGCUUUCUGUUGUUUUUUUUUUUCUCACCAUGACCCUCACUAGUGUGCAUAGUUGAUUUUCCUGGCCUUGCCUUACUUCCUUUGAGGCAAGUUGUUCUUUCUUUUGACAAAGUAUUUUGAGUUUGAGAAGGGGAGUCUGUGAUUGAGUCCUACUUGCCUCUACAAAACCAGACAGUGGUAGCUUGAGAGUAUAUCUCAAUUCGGAUCUUGAUAUGUAAAAUCAAUGAAGUGACCAGUCUGUCAAGCACCGGAGGAAGGUGUCCUGGGAAUAGAUAUAUAGACAUAUUACAACUUUAAAUUCAUAUAAAAGAUUCCCUUGUUAUUGUGAGACUUUGUUUUUAGCCCUCAAAAGAGCCAGACAUACUUGACAGUCUAGUCAUGGUCAUCCCUGACCCCUUACCUGCACUACCUGAUUCAUGGUUGGUGCCCUCCUGAGAGGUGUUAAUGAAGAAAUACAGAUGGGAUAUGGGCUUAAGGCAUUUAUGCCAUCCAAAGAAAGAUUUUGAAGAUCCAACUGCCAAGAAGAUGUAAACGCAAACCCAGUUGCCACACUGAAUUGAUUGAACAACUACUGAAAGGUUGAGAAGAUUCAAGCAGAAGCAAAUCAACAGCAUUCCGUGAGCCCAACACCUAAAAAAUGUGUGAUCGCUGCCUGCUCAACCAGUUGCUGCAGAGGCCUCCGUUCAACGAAAUCAAAGGAGAGCUCUAUCUGUAACUAAUGCCAUCAGUGUGUCACGUCCGUGAACAAAACAAUGGAAACCAUGGAGGCAAUAACAGCUAUUUCUGAGAAACCCAUCCGUCAGUCCAAGUCUCUGUGUAGUGGUGAACAGGAGUAUGUUCACAAGAGGAAACAGGUCGUUCUGGAGUCACUCAGCAGCCUGGGAAUCAACUGUACUGCAGAUUCAGUUCCCCACAUCACUCUGUUGGCAUCUGGGGGGGGGCAGAGGUCAGCUGUCGGUCUGAUGGGCUCGCUCUAUCAGAUGGAAAAAGACGGACUGCUGGACUGUUUGCUGUAUUUGGGAGGAGUUUCUGGGUCGACAUGGUCCAUGUCGUCCAUCUACAAUGACUCACAGUGGAGUACCAGCAUGGACAAAGCAGUGUCCAGGCUGUCAGGCCCUGGGGUUGAGCUGCAGGAAGCUUUGGCCUGGUUGUGUGAGAGAGCAAAAGAGGAGUACUUCUCUCUAUCGGAUAUCUGGGGAGUGUUGACCUCUGCCGGGAUUAUGAAACAGAUGGACAUGCGGCAUCUUUCAGAUGAGGCCAGCAGAAAUGCCACCAACCCGUAUCCCAUAUACAGUGCCAUAGAGAAGCACUGCUUCUCAAAUGGUCCUACAGAAGGAAAAUGGUUUGAGGUUAGCCCUCAUGAGGCCGGAUUCACAGAUUUGGGUUACUUCAUUGAAACCUCUCUGCUGGGCAGCAAAUUCAAGAAUGGAGAGCUAUUGGAAAAAAAGCCAGAGAUGGAUAUGAUCAAACUACAAGGUGUUCUAGGUAGUGCGGUGGCUCAUGAGGAUACGAUCAGAGGGCUCAUCCCUCCCUGGCUCAAUGUGUCUGGACAUUUAGACGGUGCUGCUGAAGAUUACCUGCGUGUAUACAGUGCCCUUGACAAACUAGUUGCCCUAACCAGAAGCACCAUUAAGGAUCCCGAAGCUCUGUGUGACCUUGACAAGCUGCAGAAAAUACUUGGCGACAAGCUGAAACAUAACGAGUCUGCGUGGCAGGAGCCAGAAGGUUCAGACCAAAGACAAAGUGUUUUCCUGCAGAGCAGUGAGGAGCUGCUGGCCUCUGUGGAGACCUGGAGCGAGAGUCUGAAGGAUGGAGCUUUCAAAACAUAUGUCUCUCUGCUUACUAAGAAGGUUCUCCCCAAGAUUAUAACAUGGGAGUGGGGAACAACCAGAAAUUUCCUUUACCAAUACCAAGAUUCAGUGGUGCCAACCUGCCUUCGUUCCAAUGAAAGAUUCCACCUGAUAGAUGCUGGCCUGAUGAUAAACGCAGCCUACCCUUCAUUUCUGGGAGGAAAGAGGGACAUUGACCUCAUCAUCGCACCAGAGUACAGCGCUGGAACCAUGUUUGAGACUCUGACCUUUGCCAGAGACUACGCAGCUGAGAUGCAGAAGCCUUUCCCAGAGAUAGAUGAGAGAAUCCUGGAGGAGAGAGAUUGGCCAAAGGACUGCUACGUGUUUGAGGGGAAAGAGAACGAGGCCUCGAUCGUUUACAUGCCACUCUUUAACAGAAGAAACUGCAAAGAUGCAGAGGAGGUCAAAGCAAAGAUGGAGGAGUUCUCCACCUUCCAGGGUCCCUUCAGCCAGGAGCAGCUGAAGUUUGUGUUGGAGACGGCUAAAGCCAACAUGAAGAACAACAAGGAAACUCUGCUGGGGCAGAUCCACAAGGCUGUGCUCCACCGCCAGAACAAGAGCUGAUGGGACGCUGCCUUUAUCGCUCCAAUGAGGCGAGAUCCUGCUGUAGCAAUACAUUACCAACCAAAGCCCGGUACAUAGAGGGGGAAUUCAUGUUACACAAAUAUAAUGAGGUUUAAGUCAUAAUCCAGACUAAAGGUAUACAAAAUAAGAUGUAUAAUAUCACUGUCAUUAGAAUCCAAUGUAUCUGAAUAUAAUAAAAUGUGACUCUUAUGGUAAAUGAAUAUAUUGCAGAUUUAUUCUCAUGCCGUGUUUGGCAAUAUUUGAUACUCUCCCAGUAAGUAUUCUUCCAUCUGCAAUACGUUAAAGUAGAUUUGAUAGAUCUGGUCAUUUCUGCCUUCAGGAUUGGUCAACCCAGGGAACCAAUAGGGAAGCUCCUAUUUGAACCUGCUUUGCGAUAAAGGCCUCUGGUCCAUCUUUGGUGCAGAUGAACUCAACAUCUUUUGGUGAAUCAAAUUGCACCAUAUCACCUAAAAGAAAAGCAAAAGCUGAACCGGGAGUAUGAAUAUUUCACAGUAAAGUUAACCCCAAAGAGGGUUUGUAUGCUAGAACUUCUUACCGUGCGUGAUGCAAGCAUUUACCAGAGUAACAUUAGAAGAAAAAUACAUCAAUGAGUAGAAACAAAGGAUCCUGGGCCGAUGGGAAUGUGUUAGCAACUGUAGUUGACUCAAGCAGAUUCAUGUUCAUUCAUCCACGUACAG